GGGCCGCGGGCGGGCGGCAGCGUCGUGCUGGGCCAGGCCGACAGCCGCCUGGCGCCCUACAUCAUCGACCUGCAGUCCAUGCACCAGUUCCGCCAGGACACCGGCACUAUCCGCCCUGUCCGGCGCAGCUACUACGACCCAUCAUCUGCACCGGGCAAAGGCGUUGUGUGGGAGUGGGAGAAUGACAGCGGGUCCUGGACACCCUAUGACAUGGACGUGGGCAUCACAAUCCAGCGUGCUUACGAGAAGCAGCACCCCUGGGUGGACCUGAGCGCCAUUGGCUUCUGCUACGUCAUUGACUUUGCCACCAUGGGCCAGAUCAACCGACAGACCCAGCGCAAGCGCCGUGUCCGCCGCCGCCUUGACAUGGUCUAUCCUCUGGUCUCGGGCACCCUGCCCAAGUCGCAGUCCUGGCCGACCAGCCCUGGGGCAGCGGCGGCCCCCCCGGUCCCCACCUGCACCUGUCCCCAGUGCCUCUUGGUGAUGAGCGUCAAAGCCACCGUCCCCCCUGGCACGGGCAGCGGCAGCAAAGCAUCCCGUCCUGGCCUGGGCACCCUGAGCCGCAGCCACCUGCAGCGCCUGGCCAUUGCCCAGUCCCGAGUGCUCAUUGCCUCCGGGGUCCCUACUGUCCCCGUGAAGAACCUCACUGGCUCCAGCCCUGUCAACCCAGCACUGGCAGGGAUUACAGGAAUCCUAAUGAGUGCGGCUGGGCUGCCUGUCUGCCUGACACGGCCCCCCAAGCUGGUGUUGCACCCCCCACCUGUCAGCAAAAGCGAGAUCCAGUCCAUCCCUGGAAUUUCCCACACCUGUCGCAAAACCACCAAGAAACAAGCCAAGAAGGGUAAAACCCCAGAGGAGGUACUGAAAAAAUACCUGCAGAAGGUGCGGCAUCCACCGGAUGAGGACUGCACCAUCUGCAUGGAGCGCCUCUCGGCACCCUCCGGCUACAAGGGAUCCCAGCCAGCUGUCAAGCCUGACCUGGUGGGGAAACUGAUGAAAUGUGGCCAUGUCUUCCACCUCCACUGCCUGGUCGCCAUGUACAACAAUGGCAACAAGGAUGGGAGCCUGCAGUGUCCCACCUGCAAAACCAUCUAUGGGGUGAAGACAGGGACACAGCCCCCCGGGAAGAUGGAGUAUCACCUCAUCCCUCACGCGCUGCCUGGCCACUCCGACUGCAAAACCAUCCGCAUCAUCUACAACAUCCCCCCGGGUGUGCAGGGACCGGAGCAUCCAAACCCUGGGAAGAGCUUCACUGCCCGUGGCUUCCCCCGGCACUGCUACCUGCCAGACAGUGAGAAGGGCAGAAAGGUACUGAAGUUGCUGCUGGUGGCCUGGGACCGGCGCCUGAUCUUCGCCAUUGGGACCUCCAGCACCACAGGCGAGUCAGACACUGUGAUCUGGAACGAGAUCCACCACAAGACGGAGUUUGGCUCCAACCUUACUGGCCACGGCUACCCUGACAUCAAUUACCUAGACAAUGUCCUGGCCGAGCUCGCGGCCCAGGGCAUCACGGAGGAGAGUCUGGCACAGGAGAAGGACUGA